AUGACCACUCUUUCUUUGUUCAGGGAUGUACCCACAGCCCAGAAGCUAGAAGGCAGCUUACUAAAGAUCUACAAGCAAGAUCAGUUUCCUACCAAGAUGUUCUUGGCCUACCGAGUCUGCAUGAACGAAGAAGGCCAUCCCUGGAUUUCUCUUGCGGUGCACAAGACCUGCCAGCAGAUUGCACAGGACCCCUGUCUGCACUAUGAGUACUUGCCCACGUUGGGCAUGAAAUCAUUCAUCCAGGCCUCUUUGGAACUUCUCUUUGGAAAGCACAGCCAAGCCAUUGCGGAGAAAAGGGUAGGGGGUGUACACACUGUUGGCGAGAGUGGGGCCUUCCGGCUUGGAGCCCAGUUCCUCAAGAUAUGGCAUAAGAAUCUGAAAGUCGUUUGUAUCGUCUCAUGUCAAAAGGAACAUUAUGGACUCAUCUUCCAAGACAUGGGCUUUACAGUUUAUGAAUACUCCGUCUGGAACCCCAAGGAGCUGUGCUCAGACCCCAGCAUGUUCUUUGAAGUGAUAGAGCGUAUACCAGAGGGCAGUAUCCUUGUGAUUGGGAAUAUUGUUGACUGCAAGUUCACACAAAAUCAAUGGACAGAGCUGAUGACCACCAUUAAGAAGAAGCAGAUAUUCCCAUUCUUUGACAUUCCCUGUCAAGGUUUAUCCACUGGUGACCUAGAAGAAGACACCAGGCUCCUACAGUAUUUUGUGUCUCUAGGCUUUGAGUUCUUCUGCAGCCAAUCUCUGUCUAAGAAUUUCGGCAUUUAUGAUGAAGGAGUGGGGAUCCUAGCCAUCGCAGCCCUCAGCAACCAGCACCUGCUGUGUGUCCUCUCCCAGAUGACGGGUUAUGUCCAGGCCCUCUGGCAAAACCCUCCUGCCACGGGUGCUCGGAUAAUCACCUCCAUCCUCUGCAACCCGGCUCUGUUUGUAGAAUGGAAGAAUAGUCUAAAAAAUGUUGUCGAGAACAUCAUGCUGAUCAAGGAGAAGGUGAAGGAGAAGCUCCGGCUCCUGGGGACCCCUGGGUCCUGGAAUCACAUCACCCAGCAGAGUGGGACCCAUGGUUAUCUGGGACUUAACUACCAACAGAUAGAGUUCUUGGUCAAGAAGAAGCAUAUCUAUGUCCCCAAGACCAGCCGGAUCAACUUCACCUGCAUUAAUACCAGGAACAUAGAUUACAUCACACAGAGCAUCCAUGAGGCAGUGACGGGAGCAGAGGACUGA